AGCAAGAUGGCGGCCCCCUUGGAGCUCAGUUGCUGGGGAGGCGGCUGGGGGCUUCCGUCGGUACACAGCGAGUCCCUGGUGGUGAUGGCUUAUGCCAAAUUUUCUGGUGCACCCUUGAAAGUCAGUAUCAUAGAUACCACCUGGAGAGGUUCAAGAGGUGAUAUACCCAUUUUGACAACUGAAGACAACAUUGUUUCUCAGCCGGCAAAAAUACUAAACUUUUUAAGAAAACAGAAAUAUAAUGCUGAUUAUGAACUGUCAGCAAAACAAGGGGCAGAUACUCUGGCUUACAUUGCUCUCCUUGAAGAGAAGCUUCUCCCUGCAGUGCUUCACACUUUCUGGGUUGAGAGUGAUAAUUACUUUACUGUGACAAAGCCAUGGUUUGCUUCACAAAUUCCUUUUCCCUUGAGUUUGAUCCUGCCUGGAAGAAUGUCUAAGGGAGCACUGAAUAGGAUUCUCUUGACCAGAGGAGAGCCUCCCCUCUACCACCUCCAAGAAGUGGAAGCACAGAUAUACAGAGAUGCCAAGGAGUGCCUAAAUCUACUGUCACACAGAUUGGGAACAUCUCAGUUUUUCUUUGGAGAUACGCCUUCUACCUUGGAUGCCUAUGUUUUUGGUUUUCUUGCUCCUCUUUAUAAAGUACGGUUUCCUAAAGUUCAGUUACAAGAACAUCUGAAACAGCUCUCCAACCUGUGUCGCUUUUGUGAUGACAUCCUAAACAGUUAUUUUAGGCUUAGUAUUGGAGGCAUGUCUCCAGCUGGACAAGAAACAGUAGAUGCAAAUCUGCAGAAACUCACACAACUUGUAAAUAAGGAAUCCAACUUGAUUGAAAAGAUGGAUGACAAUCUUCGCCAAAGCCCUCAACUUCCUCCUCGGAAACUGCCAACACUUAAACUGACUCCAGCAGAAGAAGAAAGUAAUUCUGUACAACGGUUAUCACUCUGACAGUCGUCAAGCUUUGUGGCAAGAGCCAUAUGAUUGUUGCAGUAGUCUCUUACACCAAGUGUGUGAAGGCAAAAAGAAAGUACCAUUAAUAGGUAUAAAAAAGACUCCAAAACAAAAAGAACUUUAUAUGACAUCUAUUUUUUCUUUUUAAUUAGGAAGCUUGUAUUCUAGCUUGGCAAUGCAUUUUAAGUAACAUCAAAGUGAAUGCUAGAUGAACUUAGUGGGUGAGGGGAAGAAAACAUAUUGUACUGUAUAUAAAAAAAAUCCUGCCUUAAUCUUGGCAGAUAUUUGCCUUUGGUUCACGUGUUGCUGACCAAAAGCUACAAUUCUGUUCUGAAUGUGCACUCUUAAUUUAUUCAAGUUAAUUUAUUCAAUUUAUUAACUUAAUUUUCUUAGACGAAACUAAAUACCUAAUAUGUAGCUCUUUGGCUGAAGCUUUUUUCUCUUCUGUUUAGAAAUCCAAUGCCUAUUUUAGAAAGAACUAGGAAAACUAUAAAUUCAAUACAAAAGCUUGUAUUUACCUUUAAAAAGCAAUGAGGAAUGUGUUCUUUAAUUAUGUUCUCAUAAGUCUAAUCUUUUGGAGGUUUAGUACCACAUAUAUAAAUAUUAAAGGUGGUUACAUAUAAUAUUCAUCUGCUAACAUGCACUUCAGUAUAUCAUUGGUAUUUGCUGAUGUGUUCAAUAUAGGUUAGCAAGGGCUCUUUUAGUUUACUGGGUGAAUGUGACAGCUUUAGACCUGUGUAUUUGUAGUUCAUCUUUAACACUAGUUGUCUCUUUCUUGUCUUGAUACCAGGAGAACUGAUAUCGUUAUUGGUCAUCGUUAUUAUGCUAGGCUGUAAAAUCUUACUGAAACUUGCCCAAUUGUUAGACAAUACUCAGGAGGAGCCCUUGCUGUGGCCAGGGUAAUAGAAAUACCUAAUGUGCAUCUGGUCCAAGUUCUCCAUGCUUGGCUCGGGCCAGUAUUCUUUCAUAAGAAGCAUAUUGUGCAGUCAGAAGCUUUCUAACAACCAAUUAUUUUCCGUAUAUUUUAACCACAGUUGAAGGAUCCAAAGGAAUAAUCAAAAAUAGCAGAUUUUUAAGAAUAUUUUCUAUUUAUUGGUUGCUGAAUUGUUAAAGGAUUUGCUGUAUGGUAAUUUUACUUAAAAUAGAAACUUGCUUAUUUUAGUGGUUGAGGUGCUUCUGUUGUCCUAAAGCCACUUCUGGGCUUUUUAAAAUGUAGGACCAUGUUUUUGAUUAGUGUCUUAAAAGAUUACUAUGGUGCUCAGCAAAUCUUAUCAAGUCUAGCAGAAACCCAUAUGUUGAGAAAACAAGCUUUGUGGUCAGGAGACUUGUCUAUUUUGAGCUGAGUGGGGCUCAAUUGUGUUUGACCCGCAUCCUCCCAAUUUGUUCUGUAUUUAGGUGGCUAUUUAUACAGGAGUCUUGAAGUCAUUGUAAAUGUUUUUUCUUGAAAAUUUUAACUAAAUGAGAAACAAAGAUAGUCUUCAAAAUCUUGUUCAUCUGUUUGGAUGCAUGUAAGGAAAGUACCUGAGGAGUUUCACAUUACUUCUACAGCAGGGUGUGCAUGUGUGUGUGCACGCACGUGUGCGUGUGUGUGUUGUUAAUCUUCAAAGGCAGGUUAUUAGAUUUCAGCAAUCUGAAAUCUGUAUGAAUAUUUUAUAUUGAGAAUCAUGAUCAUGAAGCUUUAUUGUCCUCUGGGAUUGAUAUACAUUGGAGAAAUGUGGUUAGCACAUUAAUCAGACAUCUGUUUAUGCUUUAGUCAGGGUUAGUCAUUUUCAACGAUGAUUUAUAGUAAGCCUUCCACAAAGCAUUUGAAGUGGCUUACAAUUGUAAAACACAUGUAAAACAGGACAAUUAUAAUUAGUUUUUGAAAAAAAUAGAAAAAAUUGUUGGAGAAAGAACUAUAUCAGUGAUAACACUAACAGAUUCUAAAAUUGAAUGGUAAAUUUAACUCCAAAAGUUUCUCCAUAGGCAAGGUCAAAAGGUAAUACUUGGGUUAUGUAAGUUUUUCUUUCAGUAAAACUACUAAUGUCCAUAACGAAGAAAAUGUAUUUAAAGUUUUAUAUGAAUGUGAGAGAUCAUGUUCUUAUAAUUCACAGACUUCAACCAAGAAGUAUACUGUAAUGUUUCAUGUAUUGAAAUUCAAUCAAAAGAGGUCAUUUUAGAAUAACAAGUAUUUGUCCUUUUUAGUAGAGAGUAUGACUGUAGUAUGAUUUAUUUGCUUUUCGGUCAUUCCUGCUUUGAACUGCUUUUAACCUUACAUUAUAAUGUAUAGUCCAUGAUGCUUCCAGACUAACUGUCCUAAGAUACAAAAUGUGAUUUAGGUAAGUGAGGAUUUAUAUGUUGGGUUACUUAGUUGAGCUUUUUUUGUGUAAGCAAAUGAGAUGAUAGGAAGCUAUAACUCAGCACAAAAUACUUUAGGGACCAGCCACGUAUAUAGGAGGAGAGGAACAAUUUUUCAGACUGGACAAAGGGCUUGUGAUCAGCCUGUCAGGAUAUGUUUUAGAUAAACUUUGAGACUGCUGUGAUAAAUUGUUCAGUUUUAAAUAAAAUUCUGUGAGCCACUGUCUUUUGGAGAUGAUGGAGGAGGAUAACAUGAUAAAUGGGAAUCUCCUUGUGUAUAUUUUUGUUGGUACUAUAGGAGCAAAAAAAUUGGUCAGAUAAUUCUUACAAGAUGAAGAUCCUUCAUCAACAAACUCAUCAAUCAUCCAUAGGACUGAUUAUUUAAAUAACACUAAUGAAACUGUAUAGAACAUUGAGGAUGGUUAUUCCUUCAAAACUGUUUUUUGACCCCACAAAAGGUUGGCAUUAACAAACAAAUCAAAUAUCAACUUAGGUGUGUUGGUAUUAUUUUGGGGGGAACUAGAGGAUUGGAGAUUUUACAAAA